AUGUUGAUGGAAAACACAACAGUAGUAACACAGUUCAUACUGCUAGGACUAACCAAUGCUCCGGGAUUACAAGUACCAUUCUUUAUCAUGUUUACGCUCAUCUACCUCAUCAAUGUGGUUGGAAACCUAGGGAUGAUCGGAUUGAUUCUCUGGGACUCUAAUCUCCACACUCCAAUGUACUUUUUUCUCAGUAACCUGUCUCUGGUGGACUUUUGUUACUCUUCAGCUGUCACUCCCACAGUCAUAGCUGGGCUACUUACAGGAGACAAGAUCAUCUCCUACAAGGCUUGUGCUGCUCAGGCAUUCUUUUUCGGAUCCUUUGCCAGUGUGGAGAAUUUACUCUUGGCCUCAAUGGCCUAUGACCGCUAUGCAGCAGUGUGUAGACCCCUGCACUACACCACCACCAUGACAAAAAGUGUGUGUGCAUGGCUGGCUAUCGGCUGUUAUGUCGGUGGUUUUAUAAAUGCCUCCUUCCACACUGGGGAAACAUUCAGUCUCUCUUUCUGUAAGUUCAAUGUGGUCCAUCACUUUUUCUGUGAUGUGCCAGCAGUCAUGGCUCUGUCUUGUUCUGAUAAACAUGUUAAUGAACUAGUUCUUGUUUAUGUGGCCAGUUUCAAUAUCUUUUUUGCCCUUCUAGUUAUCUUGGUAUCCUAUCUAUUCAUUUUUAUUACCAUCCUAAAGAUACGCUCAGCUGCAGGAUACCAGAAGGCUUUCUCCACCUGUGCCUCCCACCUCACGGCAGUCUCCAUCUUUUAUGGGACUGUUAUUUUCAUGUAUAUACAACCCAGCUCCAGUCAUUCCAUGGAUACAGAUAAAAUUGCAGCUGUAUUUUAUACUAUGGUCAUCCCCAUGCUGAACCCGUUGGUCUAUAGCCUGAGGAACAAAGAAGUGAAGAACGCAUUCAAGAAGGUUGUUGAAAAGACAAAAUUGUCUCUGUCACUGUGA